CUCCGUUUCGCGCGUUUCAGUGUCAGAAGCUUUUUACACGAUUGUCUUACCCAAACCACUUGACAAGGAUUUAUCUGUAUCUUGUCACAACAGUUGAUUCAUCGUGUUUCUGUAUAGUACUAGUUCAGUACAUCGUAAAGCUGAAUGAUUUCAAACGUGUUAUGUUUCAAGAUGCAAAGUCAACUGCACUUUCGCUGAUUCAUUACAUCCCUGUGUGCGUUCAACAUUUUCCAUAAUUUACGGUCGAGUUGGCAAGCAUCGAAACUUUACUACAUGUGAUCUUGUUUCUGUGUAACUCGACUUUGACCACAGGAUGUCAUUUGUUAAACUAACAUUCUUGUAUCGCAAUUGUGAGUUUUGUAUAUGUGUGGACAAUGUUGUAUUUGAAUUGAGAAAAUUUCAUACUUAUUUUGAAUAUUAUAGUGUUUGAAAAAAAAGGCUGUUUUCUGUAGUUGAGAACAAAAUAGCAACGAAGGUUUUUAUUAGCUAAGAAAUGUAAGUGGUCAUGAGUAUGACUGGUGAAAGUGAUGAACAUCAAAUCUAUACCGCUUCAGUAUACGAAGUGUUCAUUUUGUGUACACAUUAUUGUCAAUAAUGGGUAUAAGUGGUUGAUAUAAAUCAGCGAAAUACUUCCUUCUUCCGAGAACAGUGUUAUUUAGCGAGGUAAUAAUGGGAAAAGCAGUGUAAACAGUGUUUUUGUGUUUUAUUUGUACUGAUUCGACUGUUUCUUCAUUGUUAGUGGAUUUAAAAGAUGAACAAUGAAUGGUCCUUCAGCUUCGCGUACUGUGGGUCUCCUCAGACUUUUAUUUCUCACACUCUACGUCAACAACGACAUCCUAACAGCUUCAGCGGUUGUUGCCACCAGUGAAACAGGCACUGCUCUUCCAGGGGCGGUGGUUCACUCACCGCCAUUCUCUGUGGGAGACACUUUGCGUCCCAAAUCCAGCCGCUACAUCGAUGUCUCGCGGGGCGUAGAACGUCCCUACUUUGAUGACGUAUCACCUCGCAACGUAACUGCAAUUGUCGGACAAUCUGCCAUCCUCAACUGCCGGGUGAAGCAUCUAGGCGACCGAACGGUGUCAUGGAUGCGGAAACGUGACCUACACAUCUUGACUUCCAGUAUCUUCACGUACACUGGAGACGCGAGGUUUGGAGUAAUCCACCCCGAGACGUCAGACGAGUGGAAUCUGAGGAUAGAGUACGUUCAGAAGCGAGACGCCGGUAUUUAUGAAUGCCAGGUCAACACAGAACCCAAAAUCAACAUGGCGAUCCUUCUGAACGUCGAAGACACGCCCUCUGAUAUCCUUGACACUUCUCUUGGAUCGCGAGCUUCGUCCGGCAACUCCAAACAAGCGGCUCAGGCGAACAUCUGGGGACCGGAAGAUGUUUACGUGAAGAAAGGCAGCACAAUCAGCCUUACCUGCUCCAUCAAUGUCCACUCCACGCCUCCCGGUUCGGUUCUCUGGUACCACGGCGCGUCCGUUGUGGACUUCGACUCACCUCGUGGCGGCAUCAGUCUCGAGACGGAGAAGACGGAAUCUGGAACGACGAGCAAACUCCUCAUCACAAAGGCGGCACUCACAGACUCUGGAAACUACACCUGUGUCCCUUCCAAUGCAAACGCUGCCAGUGUCUGGGUCCACGUGCUGAAUGGUGAGCACCCGGCAGCUAUGCAACAUGGUGAACACGGAUCCGUCUCGUGUAUAGGCUCUGGGCCGUGGUGGCUGACGCUGCUGGUUGCCACAGCAACAGCCGCGUUCAGCAGCACUUAUUGCACGAUCAGGCAGAAUGGACUCUUGCUGGCAGUGUCUAGAUGAUGAGUACGUGGCCAACUAUGAAUUAACAGAGGAUCGAACGUGGAACACAUAGCAGCGAAGUGUUUACUUCAGCAAAGCAGAUGUGGACAUUUGUAAAUGGUGAAGUAAAACUAUUAUUUUUCUGUUAAAAUACUUUUAUGCUGUUAACAGUGGUCACUGGUUUGUUUGAAUAACGAUAAUAGAAGUGAAUUUCUGAGGUGGGAUGUGAUAGGUAUGCUAGGCUAGGCACUUAGUAGCCAGGGACAAUAAAUAAUGUUAGCACCUGUGGGAGAAAGCUGCCAAGGGUUAAAUUGUGACAGAACCGAUAUGAGCUUGCAGAAACCAACGCUUCAGAUGUCGCGGUAAAAGCUUCACGUCACCUAAUUAUUCGUUGUAGGUGUAACAGAGUUUCAAAAUGGGGCGAUUCAUCAAAUGAAACAAAAUGUGAUUUAUUUUUAAAGUGAAUGCAUUAGAAAGAAAAAAAAAUACUGGCGAGUACUGAAUAAAAUUUAUUUAUUAAAUUCCGCAUUAUUCUAGAAUAUUGAAACAUAAAAACCCUAAGUUAAAAAAAUAGAACUUUAAGUGACUGAAGUAAAUAAAAUCUCUGGAAGGCAAUUCACGGGGAAUAUGUAUUUUUUCUUGUUUUUCAGUGACAAAUUUUUAAAGCGUGUAUUUUGUUAUGAAAACCAGCAAUGCGUAAGUUUCUUGUGGAUGGAUACAAAGCCAAUUCAUAGUAGACGCCAUGUUGCUGACAUUACAUUAAGAACUAAUGAAAUGUAAUGAGAUGAAAACAAACGACGUGGUGUGUGUUUAUACAUGUGCCUAUUUAGAGAUGAUGAAUUAAUCUGUGUGGUCAUGUAUGACAACAUGAACAGAGUGAAUUAAGUUUUUCGUAAUGUAGCCUUGUCUGAAAACGUAACCGUGUUUAGGGAUUCUCUCACUUCAUGAAGCUGGCGCUGCUCUGUGCAAGAACAGAUCCUUCGUAAAUAAUAGCUAAAUAUGAGACUUGGAAGCAGACGAGAAGUGACGUCAUUGAAUUUCUGUCUCAAAUCGAAAGUGAACAGUCCUGCGUUGUUGUGGUCAUAAAUUAUGAUGUAAGCCCGGAUCUUGUAUCGGUAAAGUACGUGAUAAGGCCACAAUCUAAGAGUUGACGACUGUCCUUUGUGAAAUAGUGCAAAAAAUACCCUGGACGUUCAAAUAGAAACCUGGCAAUAUUGUAUAAAGACGUGUAGAGCUACAGGAGAUUUGGCAACAUCACAAUGCUGCACUAGGUGAUUGGUAACGCGACUGCUGGAACAGUGUGCAAUUAUAUUUCACGUUCACGGAGACAGGAAGGAAACGUUUUUAUGCACGAGUUCCACAAAUAAAAUGGCGCAACGCGAUAAUUCAGUGGAGGGGGAAUCGACGUGUGAGAAAGUGGAACUGCGAGGCGGGAAAAAUGGCGUCCCGGGCACGAACAAAUCAAAUUUUUUUUUACCCCACAUCUGAAAUACUAUUUCAAACUGAAUUUAUUAUUAGGGUAAAGAUGUUACUGCAGUUUUACCGUGUUACAGAAUUGUCAUCAGAUUUUUUUACUAAGACUUUCAAACAUCGUGGUUGAAGCCCCAUUUCGGAUUGAGAACCCUGGAAGUCCCCUCCAAUCGUCACCCACUUGGGGAAGUCCUGAGGGUUGCGUAGUUCCCAGGGAACGGCCUAUAUAUGGGCUUAGCUAAAAGACGCUACAGACGAACAUGGACGGUUAAAUCUUAACUUUUCAUGAUCUUAGCACAAAGUAACAGGCAAACAUAUUUCUGCCUUGUUAAAUACAAGUAGAAUGUAUAAUACCUUGAUGACGUAACUAAAUGAGAAGCAGUUCCACUUUCUCGCCUAAAUUCCAUCGUGUAAGAAAAAUCAUUCCUACGCAUACGAGUAUAAGAAAGCUGCUGUGUAAUUUACACAGAAAUUUUGAAGGCCAGUCAUAAAUUAUUGUGAGUUGUAACAUUUGCAUUACAGACGGAGAAGUAAAACAGUGGUUCGAGAGUAUCAAAUAAUUCAGUUGACCUGUGCAAAUAAUGUACUAGGAAAACUCGACGUGCUCGAAUAUUGUAUGUUAAUUGUCCAUUUUUUUUUUUAUGAAAAUGAUAAUUGGAAGUAAGUUAAACAAAUGUCUGAGAUUUUGCUAACUUGACGGGAAAUACCAUGGUGCAGGUGGAUAUAUGGACUGUUAUUAAUCCAGCGUGAUUCCAAAGGAACAAAUAUUUCAUUUAAAUGUUGGACAGGAAUUUUGAAACCAGAAAACUACUCGUAAUUGUAUUUAAAUAUAUUAAAAGGAAUUAUAUAUUCCUGUGCUGAAACUGGAAUAUAACAGCAGCCCGAAUUGCCAGGACAUGCAAUUUAUAUAACUUCGGCUUUUAUGGAUUAGCCUAGGUUUAGGAGAAUUUUAACUUUCUCCAUUUUCAGGGCUGAAUUUCAGCGAGUGUGUUCCUCUGAUAUGUUGGUUUCCAAUCGAAAGAUUUAUAAGGCCCAACGACCCAAAAGAUCACCACUUAUAUUCCAACUGUAAUGUUUACAAAAUUAUUACAAGACCAAACGUGCGUGUUAUUAUUAUUAUUAUUAUGAAUCAAUUGUUUGGUUGGUCCACAAACAGCCAAAAACUUCGGGCGUGUUAAUAUUAAUAUUAUUAUUAUUAUUAUUACGUACCAAACGGCCAGUCCUCGAAAACCAAAUUAUCUACGCGAAAAAUCAAGGGGCAGGAAACAUGUAGUUUGUUCCAUAACAAAAGAUUUUAUUUUACAGUAUGAGAAUAAUGUUUAUAAAUAUUGCUUUAGUUCUUUGUCUUUAAAUUCCAAUAUAUUAUUUGUGUUCCACCUCAUUUUAAUGAGAAAAUUGCUCAUUUACAACAUGUGUUUCCGAUGAACCUGAAUAGAAAACUGCAUCCAUCAGCUGUUAGAAUAGACUAAUUAUUAUGAUGAGUGAAAAAUGACAUUUCUACCUGACUCCCACUUGUGUAUCAGCUUGUAAUUCCACCAUAUAAAUGAUAAAAAUUAAAGCGUAACAUAAUGAAAUUA